CAAUAAUAUCAAAAUCACAAAGCAUAGUAGAUGAGUUGUGGAUGACUGCUGUCACGAUGCUGGUCGAACCGACGAUGAACCGGCUGGACGGCCGUCUGGCCACGUUCAAGGAGUGGCUGGUGGAGAAUGAGCCGGGCUGUGUGUGCACAGCCAGGAAGAUGGCGGAGAGCGGGUUUUUCCGCUGCGGUGGCGAUGAGGAGCCCGAUCUAACGCGCUGCUUUGUCUGCCACAAGGAGAUGGAGGGCUGGGAGGCCGAGGAUAACCCCAUGGAGGCGCGCUACCACACCGCCAAGUGUCCUCUGGCCAAGCUCGGCAAGCCGGCCUCGCAGCUCACUGUGGAGGACAUGCUGAAAUUGAUCAACUUUCAACAGACGGAGAGAGUGAGGGCGUUGAGCUCAGACAUGAUCGAGGAAUUUAAAACGGACGCAACUGAAGUGCGGAAGCAGCUGGAAGCCCUCGCCAAGAAGCCGACACGCAAGCGGAGGGCUCGGUAAUGAAAACGGCGACCAUAGAGGAACGUGCCGACGGAGGAGGGGGGGGGGGGAGGGAGGCUAGAUGAAGUCCACUUUUUAUGAUGUUGUCAAUACUUAGUAAGCUCUAACUCGACGGCAAGAAGUGGCAUGUCUUUGUCUGUGGCGUGGACCAAUGGUCUCAAAGUUUGUACGGUAGACAGCGUAAUCAUAGGUUGGAUGAAAGGAAGUAGUAACGCCUGUCUUCUUACGCGCCGUGUAGAUGCUGGUGGAGGUUAGCUCAGAACAGCCAUGGAUGUGUUGCGCCUCGUCAUAGAAAUGUAUCGUCUUCCUGCUUCUAUCCAUUGCCGUCAUGUACAUUGUACAAUGCUCAUGUGUGUACUUCAUCAUAGUGAGUUUCGAAGACUCUUCAUUUGCUUGUGACUGUUUCUUAUCCCGAUCACUGCUACCAAGAUAUAAGAGAAAUUAUUUCACGUUACUGAUUCAUGUUUUGACGCCUGAUAAUAUGUUUCCGUGUUUUGUCUGAUGAAUACAGUAGCAUUUCACACGA